CCUUUUCCCUCUCCUCCUACUGGCACACGGAGUGCUUCGUACACACCCACGACCUGCUGCUGUUACAGUGCUCGACUGUCGCCACGGACUGGCCGUUUCUUCUCUUUCUCCUGUCCUGCCCACUCUGGCCUGUUGCUGGAUCCGCAUCCUCACAGCUUUCGCCUCGUCAUCGCCCGUCCGUCCUCCGUCUGAGCAGCCUGGCGUCGAGAGCACCCUGUCUUCCACCACAGUCGCGAGACAAGACAGAGACAGCCAACCGACAGACACGCAGCUCACCGGUCCACCCGACGGCCUUGGAUUCAUUCCUUCUUAACCGCUGGCUGGCCGCCCGCCCCCCCGGCGCCGCCUCAUCGCCCCUCCUCCCUGCCUGUGUCGUCGCACCAUCUUCAGCCUCACUGGCAGUGCGAGGUUGGUUGUCGCAUAAAACGAACACCACUCCCACCCGCCCCUGCCUUGCCGACACGCCCCCCAAAAAAAAGGCCAGCUUCUCGACGACUUCUUCACCAACGGCGGGUUUCGCCUCGCCGCCGCACGCUCUCCUCCCCCUUUCCCUCUCCCCGACCCAGGUCGCCGUCGCCGUCGACGACUGCCACUGCGUCGACUCGUGCAGACCCUGGCCGCCAUGGCCGCUGCCUUCCGACCGGUCAACCCCAACCUCGUCGCCGAGACCAUCCCCGAAGACGCUAUGACGCCAUCCACGUCGGCGACUCCUCGACCCAACACGGCGCCUCACCACCAUCACUCCGCCAUGCCUGUCGACGACGCCAAGACGCCGACGAGGGCGACAUUUGGCAGCGCGGCGCACGGGCAGAAACCGCUGCCCUCGAGUCCCUUCCCGCAAGGCGUGCAGCUGCCCGACUCCUCCGACCCGCCGCGGCGGGAAAACUCGCAGCACUCAGCCAAAAACUCAUCUAGGCGAGAUUCGAUGGAUGUCGACAUGGACGAUUCAGACGGCGAGGGACAGCAGGACGAUGGUGGCUCCGACGACGAGAGUGUCAAUGCUGACGGCACCAAGUCCAACAAGAAGAAGAAGUCUCAGAGGUUUUACUGCACCGAAUUCCCGCCGUGCAACCUGAGCUUUACAAGGAGCGAGCAUCUGGCGCGACACAUCCGGAAACACACUGGUGAGCGACCUUUUCAAUGCCACUGCUCGCGUCGCUUUUCGCGCCUCGACAACCUCCGGCAACAUGCGCAGACGGUUCACGUCAACGAGGACAUCCCCAUCGACUCGCUCGCCGCGACAGGGUCACGGUUCCAGCGCCAAAUACGAACCGAUCGCGUAAGGCAGGCCGGCAACCGAGCUCGGGCUUCCACUGGAGGCAGCGCCGGGGGCCCGCCUCGUGGCCAUUCCAAGUCGCUUUCCACAUCCAGCAUCGCAAGCAUCAGCUCUGUCGGCUCCAACUACGGGCCCCCUCAGACGGACGCCCGGCGGCGUCCACCCCCUUUGGUCAUGGCCACAGAUCCUCGCUCGAGGCUGUCUCUCGAGUCGUACCGCAGCGCCGCAGACAGCACAUACUCGUACCGUCCCCCGUCCCCCGGCGACUUCAGCACACCGACGUCUGCGACAUUUUCGACUGCACAGAGCAGUCCCCGAUGGGCCUCGGGCAUGGCGUCGCCGACCACGUCUCACUCGAGAUCGCAAAGUAUGUACUUGGCGGGAAGCAGGACGCCCGGUAGGCGUCUGAGCGUGCCGUCGGGAGCCAACCCUUUCAACCCUGUGCCCCAACAGGCUCCUGGGCGCCCCGUGUUUGGUUCGGGGCUCGUCAAUAGCUCGCAUCCCGGCGCCUUCACACCGUCCAACAGCAGCAUGGUCACGUCGCCCACAGCGUCGACUUCGGGCUGGUCGGGUCGUCGCGACUCGACAUCGAGCGUCUCGGACGAGGCGUGGCGGAGACGAACCUGGCACCCCGACAGCCGCGGUUACGGCGUGCAGAACAAUCAGCUCAGCGCCGUCGGCAGCCAGUCGGUCCGUCCGAAUCCCGCACCGCCCAUCGCGAACCCGUCCAACGCGCAGUCGUCCCUGCGUCUUCCUGGCAUCGAGUCUUUCGAUCCCCUGCCGCCUCGCCGGCACGCCUCGCCCAUGGCUGUUGAUCACGAUCCGUCUCACCGCCCGAUGUACCCGCCUCCGCAGGAGCCUAUGCAGAUGGACGAACGCCGAAACCUCAACAUGUAUGACGCCAGCCUGCAACGCGGCCUCAACCGCCUCGAUAUUGGACACAAGACGCCUCCGCGAGACAGCGCUGGCGCCUGGGCGUCCGAGGUCAACAGGGCGGUUCAGGCCCAGGCAGAGCAGACGCGCCAGAACCCGCCGACAGUCCGCUUCGAGGAUCAGGUGCCUCCCUCACGGCAGAACGCCCCGCCUCAUCUCGCCGGGCGGUCUCUUCACCAGCAAGCCAUGUCGGCUCCUUCCGUGGCCACGACGCGCGAGAACAAGCGACACGGCUGGUAUCACGGUCCCAUGGGACCCCAGGGCGGACCGCCGGCCCCCCCGUCGCAGGACCCGAGGGUCGCUCACGUCGAGCGCAUGGUGCAUCCCAACUUAAACGGCUUUAGCGGGUUUCCCGCACGGGAGCAACCACCUCAGCAACCGCCCCAACAACAGGAGCGCCCGGCCAACGGGGAUCCUCUUCGACGAUUGGAAGCCCUGGUGGCUGUGGCCACGAGCGAGGGGUCUACCGCCACCGCCUACUAGCAUUCCAUCGGUUAGCGGCUGAGUCCUCUCUUGGAGGUAUUGGACAUGCGGCGCUCUACCCGUCGGCCGCCAAAUACCGCGUGCCCGCAUGCGGCGUACCAUAUGACGAACGUUACGAUUUUCCUCCUUCUGCCCUGUUUCCACAGCGCGUUCACGACUGGCUUCUGCCUUCGCCUUGCAUCCCCGGUUUGGGUUUCUAUUCUCCAGUCAGUAUUAUUACAUUGCCGUCGGCCUCGGUCAGACGACUGCACCUACUCUCUAUCGCGACGUAGAUACACAUCACCACUCACGACACUCUUUAUCGAUGCUCGCGUCCCCUGUCGAAACGCUAGACGGAGUCCACGGGAUGGGCGUCUGCUUUGGCCUUGCGUUGCUCUUUCUUCCCUCGUGUGGUUGUGAGCGUGCUUUUUUGUACUGGAAUUGGGACAGUUGGAUACUUAUGACGUGAUGAGAUACCCCGCCUGUCAUUGUGGGAUGGAUGGGCCAUACGCGGCUCCCGCCUCCAGGGAGACGGGACCCGCGACCUCUAGACGAAGAUAUCGAAGACUCACGUUGUGAGCAGCGGCGGCCGGGAAGGGGUCGCCCGUUGCCGGGAAUGGCCGGAGCAGGCGGCUGUCAGGCAAGGGGCGCCACCGUGCAAGUCAGCUGCAUCGGGUUGGGAACACUUCAUUGAUACCCUGAUAUUGGAAGCCGAGACGGGAGGGAUUGUGCCUUGCCGUGUUGUCUGUGCGCGCGCGUUCGCUGGUGGGCUCGUUUGGCGUUUGUGAUUUUCUCUAGGGUCUGGGCCAAGUUUGUGCCGGGCGGUGCUUGUAUGAGGCUCGUGAAGAAGCGAGGGGAGUGUUGUGAGGUCGUGGCAAUAAGGACUGUUGAUAUGUAUACCUCGCAUUGCUCGCUUCGUGAAGGGUGAAGGUGGUGCCGGGGUCGAUGGCGAGCAAGCAGCCUUGACUAAUAAUUACUGCGUGAGCUGAGCCCUCUCUGGUGCCGUCAAGAGUCACCAGGGUCCUCCGGAUCGUCACCUCGUGCGCUUCGGAAUCCAGCCCACGUACCUCCCGCAGCAGUGCCGGCCCCGACUGUGGCCCAGCCGGGUGAUGAGGGCCAUGCCGGCGCGCCCUGCCGAGACCGUCAUGUGAGCGGACGGCGCGUCUCAACCCUCGACAGUGUGGAGCUUUCCGGGGACCGGCCGGCAUCGAGCUGGUGAGAGUGGGGCUUUAGACGGUGGUCCGGAGACCAGCACCGCAUGUACUGGCGGAGACGGAAUUUAUGGACUACCGGGGGCACACUAGGCUUCGGAGAAGAACAAGAGUCUCAGCCUUGAAGAUGGGGCUCGCUGACGAACUUGUUAGAGUGAAGUUCGGGAUCUUCCCUGCUGCGGCCGUGUGCGGAAUAUACUGGACCAGGGGG